AUGACUGAUUCUUGGAUCGAGGCCAAUCGGGCCUACUUUGAUCAAAUGGCAUCAACUUACCAGACAAAGUUUGCCGACUCGAUGAAGAUCAUCGCCGAGCAGACUGCAAAGCACCGGCUGUGGAUCAGUGACCGGUGGUCGGACACUGAAUCCGGCAAAGGUCAGGAACUGAAGAUGCUCGAAUAUGCCUGUGGACCGGGAGUUGUCUCCAUGACCUUGGCCCCAUUCGUGACCAAGGUGAUCGGCGUCGACAUCGCGGAUCAAAUGCUGGCCGAGUUUCAACAGAAUGCGAAAACCAUCGGUCUCAGUGACAGGAUGAUUGGCUUCAAAGCUGAUCUUUUGAGUGAUACUGCAGCGGAGGACUUCUCCGGACCUGAGUUUCAUGAUUUUGACGUGGUGGCUGUGAGCAUGUCCUUGCACCACUUUCAGCAGCCGGAUGUUGCCCUGCAGAGGUUGGCCUCUCGUUUGAAGAAAGGGGGCUCCAUGAUGAUUAUCGAUCUGGUCCCCAGCUCAGGUCAGGAUCACGAUCACCAUCACGAUCACCAUCACCAUCACCAUCACGAUCACCAUCACGAUCACCAUCACGAUCACCAUCACGAUCACCAUCACGAUCACCAUCACGAUCACCAUCACAAUGACGAUCACGACCCCGAUCACCAUCACCAUCACAAUGAUGAUCACGGUCAUGGCCAUGGUCACGGUCAUGGUCAGACCCAGCCUGUUACAGCCAAAGAGUUUGGUGAUGCAGCUCCCACUGUCAAGACCCAUGGUUUUACCAAGGAAGAUAUGAUGAAACUGUUUGCAUAUGCCGGGCUGGACAAAGGAUUUGACUACGAAGUGAUUCCGGAUCAGUUGAAAUGGGAGAAGCCGGAGGGAACCCUCACUAAGACCAUCUUCAUCGCACGCGCUCAGCGUGGCUGA